AUGGGAAUGACAAAUAUUCAAGGUAUAGCUAGAUUAGUAUUCAUUCUUUGCGUAAUAUUUUUAUCAAUUUAUUUUAUUCUUCCACCUUCAGCCGAAGAAAGUUUACAUAUUGAAAAAACUCUUAAAGAAAAGAUAAUUAAACAGUCACUUCAAAAAGAACAACAGGCUCAACAACAUCGAGAAGCACUUGAUAAACAACUUGAUAAGUUAUUGGUUGAUAAACGAACUAGAGCGGAUAAAGAUGCUAUAGGAACCACCAAAAGA